AUGGUUCUUAUAGAAUACCUAGGGCUAGGGUAUAACAGGUACAGACUACAGAGGCAUUUUCUCUCUGAUCUGGUGCCAGUGGUGCAGAUAUCGGCGCAGUUAUGUUCGAAAUUCCAACAGAAAUGUCUUGGUAUAGCCAGCGAAAUGUUACUGCGUACAAACAUCCUUGUGAUUGAUGUAGUGUAUCACGGGAAACCAGACAAGUUACGUGAUUUCCUAAUUGGUAUUGACUGUCCAACACCUUUACACAGCAGCCCAGCAGAGCAUUUAAUGAGUCUGUUGGGAAGUGGUAUUGACCAGACAAACAUACGGCAGUCUGUUCUCAAUCGUCUUGGGACAAACGGAACGUCUAUAUCUGUUAUUAACGACGUAUUGGUACAGAAAUGUUUGCCAGAGAAUUUACAAAACAGUUGGCAAGAUCAGAUCAGGGAAACGGACAUUCUUUACGAUACGUAUGACGAUCAAGAUCAAGUAAAAGCGGAUUUGGAAACCCAAUCUUUCAUUUUGCAAACUGAAAUGGCGUCGUCGAAUGCCCCCUCACAAUUUUGCAGAUCUUCCUAUUUGAAUCAAUUGAAAGUUCUUAUAUCCAGGAACUUUCUUAACGCAAGGAGAAGAAUCCUUUUUCCUGUCAGUGUCUUUCAGAAUCUCUAUAUCUUGUUCAUAUGUGUCCUGGUCUGGUGGCAGCCUGAACGUACAGAAGAAACUAUAAAAGACAGGCUUGGAUUGUUUUUCUUCACCGUCGUGCAAUGGGCUUUCUUUGCGCUGCUUGAUGCAAUAUUGACCUUUCCCAAAGAGAUGUGCGUGAUUCUUGCAGAAAGGAAGAACAAGUUAUAUUACACAUCAGCUUUCUGUAUCUCUAAAACUAUCAGCGAGGCACCUCUAACCAUUCUUCAGCCCUGUAUAUACAUGAUUGUCAUCUACUGGGUGGCCAAUCUGAACAGCCUCCCGGCUUUCUUUGCUUCGCUUGGUGUCCUCAUCAUAGAUGUUUGGACUGCACAGAGUAUAGGAUUGUUCGUUGGUGCAGCUUUGAACCCGCCCUGGACAAUCAGUGUUGUGUCUCUAGGACUUUUGUCGAUGAUGCUUUGGGGUGGAGCAUUUUGUACGCCGCCUCCUUGGCUAAGAUGGGGAAAAUUUGCGUCAUAUUUUACGUACGGACUAAAUGCGCUUAUAACCCUGGAAUUUAGACAUGCCGAACCGGUCAGAUGUGCAGUAGAGAGCAUGGUACCAAUCUGUAACACAGUACACUCCGCUACAAAUGACACAAUUACACAUUUCCCGUCUGAAUUCGUUUUACUUGCUCAGAAUAUCACGUGGUCUGUAUUGGAUGACGUCAUUGUCCUCAUUGGAAUUGGUGUUACAGCAAGGGUUCUCUGGUAUAUCAUUCUUAGGCGGAAAUGAAGCUAUGUUAAUCGCUAAACAGCAAGUGGUCAGCAACAGUCUGCCAGGAUAAUAUCUAGAUCUACUGCGUUCUUAUCAGCACAAUAAACAACAGCAAAGGAACUGCAUGAUAAUGUUAUAAGCAUAAACAGCUACUGUUUCUACGUAUAAACGCAUAAAAACUGAAAAUUUAUGGAAUACACAAACAGAUUUUCAAAGACAAUGCAGUGCAACAGUUGUACAUAUAUGAGCCGCAACAUGAGAAGAGAAAACAUAGUGCAUUUGCGAUCAGCAUCCGCGCAGUCUAGUCAGGAUCCAUGCUGUUCGCUUCCAAAGCCUAUUGCAAUCGGAGUAACCGUUAGCGAACAGCAUGGAUCCUGACCAGGCUACGCAGAUGCGCAGGUUGGCCUUGAUCCAUGCUGGUUGCAAAUGCACUAUGUUGGUUCUCUCAUGGUGCGGCUCAUAUGAAAACUGAAGGCCAUUAGUUAUUCAUGGCAGCCAUGUCCAAUGAUGUUAUGAGUUAGCUUUUAAGAAUUAAAGAGCCAAUUUUUACCAUACAGAUAAUAUAUUUCCAGAUUUAAACAACUUGUAUAACGAACUUACAUGAUGAAGAAUUCCUUCACUUCGCAUACAGAGGAAAUAGGCCUAAUCUAUAAGAAGCAGAUCAUUGUCUGCAAAGAAUAUAUUGAAUAUAUAUACAUGUAAAUUUUAAGUA